AGCACUUACAAAUAGCACUUUUAUGUUUGACAAAACCAACCUCAACCGACUAAUCGAGUAUUGAUCGUUUAUACCAAACUUGUUUUUGGUACAAGAUGCUGCCAAAAAGUUAUAUAAGCAAUGACCUAGUUUUGGCAAUCUGCACCACAACACCGUCGCAAUCUAGCCCCAUUCGAAGUCUCGUGCUAUCUCGUCGAAUAUGAGAAUUCUUAUAUGAACCGCUGAAUAAUACAUCCAUUCAUCCUUUUCAACCGGCAAAAAGCAAAGCAUCGUCUGCUCGAUGUUUCGAACAGAUGGCGUUAAGCACCAAAAUGCAACUGCGUAUUCACAGCUGCAUAGGUGGCGCGUUAUCGCAUCUCAAUCGGUGUGUGCGAGAUCAUACAAAGGGUAAUUCUGGCGACGCGUUUCAAUUCUGCCCGUUACAGUGUUACAGUUGAUUUCUAACAUUUCUAAAAAAGUGCGAAGAAAAAUUGGAGUGAUUUAAACACUACGUCAAACACUAGUGAAAAUUAACUUCGACUUGACAAAUUUAUCAAGGUGAUACGCUUAUAGCGAAAUGGCUGUCGACGUUGAGCCGAAACAAGAUUACAAACUCGAUAAGGAAAAUGAAUUACGUUUCGAGGUGGAACCGCCACAUAAAGUUAAGCUUGAACUGGUCGAAGGCAGUGCGGAGAUUUUUGGAGCGGAAAUAGUUAAAGAUAAGCAGUACAUUUUUUCUCCAGGCUGCAAGGUCGCCGUGUUCACAUGGUACGGCUGCACUUUGCGUAUCAUCGGCAUAACGGAAGUGGCUUACGUGUCUAAAGAGACGCCAAUGGUGGUGUACGCUAAUAUUCAUGCGGUUCUUGAACAAAUGCGACAGAAAGCGGAGAUUAAAGGGACCAAAGGUCCAACAGUAAUGAUGGUUGGGCCAACUGAUGUAGGCAAGUCGACUUUGUGUAAACUGUUGCUCAACUAUGCCGUUCGUCAGGGCAAGAGACCAAUGUUUGUAGAAUUGGACGUUGGCCAAGGGCAGAUCUCGAUUCCAGGCACGGUAGGUGCCAUUCUUGUAGAGCGCCCUUCAGAUAUUGAGGAAGGGUUCAGUCAGCAGGGGCCACUAGUGUUCCAUUUUGGCCAUAUUUCACCCGGACAGAACAUUGAACUCUACAACACACUGAUUACGCGGCUAGCAGAAGUACUUCAAAAACGCGCCGAUGUUAAUAAAAAAGUCGCACAAACCGGAACAAUCAUAAACACGUGUGGAUGGGUAAAGCAAGGAGGCUACAAGGCCCUGCUACACGCAGCCGUGGCAUUCGAAGUAGAUGUCGUCCUUGUUAUGGAUCAAGAGCGGUUGUACAAUGAGCUAGUUCGGGAUCUUCCAAAAUUCAUUAGUGUAGUGCUUACGCCAAAGUCAGGUGGUGUUGUUGAGAGGACAAAACGAAAUCGCCUGGAAGCUAGGGAAGCUGCUGUUAAACAGUACUUCUACGGUUUGAAGACAACACUCUACCCGCACUCCUUUGACGUAAAAUUUUCUGACAUUAAAGUAUUCAAAAUCGGGGCUCCCGCUCUGCCGGAUUCGUGUAUGCCGCUUGGAAUGAAAGUUGAUGAUAAUAGGACAAAACUUGUCGAGGUUCAGAAUCCGGCAAGCCUUCUGCACCAUAUUCUUUCAGUGUCUUUUGCCGUAUCGGCUGAUGAGGAUACAAUCCUAAGUAACGUUGCAGGAUUUGUAUGCGUAACCAACGUCGAUCUCGAACGAGGCACUCUUACUGUGCUGAGUCCUCAACCUCGACCGCUACCUAAGUCUGUGCUGCUCGUUAGCGAUAUUCAGUUUGUUGAUUCUGUUCAUUAAGAAGUGCAUAAGAUGCCUACAUGUGUUUUAUGCAUACUGAUUUAGUUGAUUAAAAUGUGUUUUGCAGAGGUGUAUUAUUUACAGCAGUAUGGUAAAUGAAGAUUUCCCAUGAGUUCUUUUUAAGCACCUGAAAAACACGGAACAAAUCUGGAAGAUGACAGGCGCCGUUUGUACAUAAGAAAG